UCGGGUUUGGUGAUCUACAGACUGAAUUCUUGUUUACAAAAGUAAAUACCAUAGUCGAUUUGACUAUCAGAGAUCGAUGAUUUAAAGAAAUUAGAUAUUUUGGAAAUUAAAAACUUAUAAGCGGAACCGUUUCAUUCAAAGGCAUAAACGAGUUUUAAACUUGAGGAAACAAGGGAGUAACUAAUUCAAAGAUGUCUCUUAAAAUGUCUUUAACGGAUUUAUGGAUAUGCUUUGCGUUUAUACUUAGUUUGGCGCAGGGUAUCGCGGGCGGGGAGACUUGCACGUACUACAACACUUACGGCUACUACACGUCGGGGUACUGUGAUGGUUACUGCUGCUCGAAAACUGACGACUACUGCUGCUCGAGCUGGGGUUGGAUAGCGGGCGUUGUUGUGGGCGCGAUCGUGUUUGUGGCGGUGGUGGCCGUCGUAGUGUUCAUGGUGUGCGCCAAGAUGAAGGCCAAGAAGUCCCGUACCGUUCACGUCGCCACCGUCAACACCCGGUCUACGGGAUACUCGUACAAUAACAACUACAAUCAAUUCAACAAGCCGCCUGGAACGGUUAUGUCGAAUAUGCCAGCUCCUCCCCCGUACAGCCAAGUGGCAUUUCAGCAGCCCGGGGCUGGGGCGUACCCCCCACCGCCCGCCUACCGUGAGACAGUCACUCCCUAUCCACCACCACCCAACGGUGGCACCCAGUCUACCAGCUUCAGCACCGGAAAUAACGCUGCAUAUCCACCGCCGCCUCCUGUGUACUAAGCCAGUGUAUUGCUUAGCAUUGGAAAUUCAGCUCAACUAACGUAGUUUUAUUAGUUUUGAGCAUAUUAGUAAAAGCAAGGCCGCUUGUUUACGAGAUGUCCUUUCAAUAAACGAUUUUGUAAAAAGUUAUUCUCAAUAUGCAUUAUGAACACCUAUAUAAAACUACUCCUCAUAUCUGUGAUAAUUAUCAUCAUGCGUACAUGUCAUAGCUGAUGUUGAUUCUUUGUACAUUUUGAACGGACGGUUUUGAAGUUUACCAUUUUGUGUCCUUUUCAUUUUGUUUAUAGCCAGUUUUGUCGAUUUUAGAUAUUUUCCCCCAUUUUUGUGUCUUAAACAUAAUUUGAAUUUCAUUUUGUUAAAAUUGUUUCUAAUUUUAGUUUUAUACUGUUUUUGUUCAGUGCACAAUGGCUGGCCCAUUGCCCCCCUUUUUAUUUGCGCUAAUAAAACAUUCAAAGA